AUGCAGGAUUCACCCGCUUCCUUGGCUAUGGAUGGCUACUCCAGUAAUGUGCCAGCAUUUCUUACCAAGCUGUGGACCCUGGUAGAAGAUCCAGAGACCAACCAUCUUAUCUGCUGGAGCAUUAAUGGUACCAGCUUCCAUGUUUUCGAUCAGGGCCGGUUUGCAAAAGAAGUCUUGCCCAAGUAUUUCAAACACAACAACAUGGCCAGUUUUGUGCGACAACUGAACAUGUAUGGCUUUAGGAAAGUGGUGAAUAUUGAGCAAGGGGGACUUGUCAAGCCCGAACGUGAUGACACGGAGUUCCAGCACCUUUAUUUCCUGCAAGGUCACGAACACCUCUUGGAACACAUCAAAAGGAAGGUGUCUGUUGUCAAAAGCGAAGAAACCAAGAUGCGCCAGGAAGACCUUAGCAGGUUAUUAUACGAGAUCCAGAUCCUUAGGGGUCAACAGGAGACGAUGGAGUGCCAAGUGCAGGACAUGAAGCAACAGAACGAAGUGCUGUGGAGAGAAGUCGUGUGCCUCAGGCAGAACCAUUCGCAGCACCAGAAAGUGAUCAACAAGCUGAUUCAGUUCCUGUUUGGCCAGCUGCAGUCCAGCCCCGGCAGCGCUGCAGCAAUCAAGAGGAAGCUACCCCUCAUGCUGGAUGAUGGAAACUCGGCUCCCCCAGUGUCAAAGUUCAGGAGACAUUUGUCGGUGGACCCCCUUCAUGAUUCCUACUUCAUCCAGUCACCAUCUGCAGAACCUGCCUCCUGCUUAAAUAGCCCUGCCAUUGCAGGAGGGCCGAUCAUAUCGGAUGUUACUGAAGCACCUCCAUCAAGUGCCGUGGUCAUGCAGCCUUCUCCGGACAGCGAGAGAGCAGAAACUUCUGAUCCUUUGGAUGGUGCUGAUCUGAAUUUAGAAGGCCUUCAGAUCCUCCUGAGAAGCCAGCAGUACAAUCUGGAAGCUGCCAGCACUUUAGAUGUCUUCAACCCCAGUAUUUCUGCAAGUGAGUGGAAUUUGAAUGACGUGGAGGCCAGUUUGCCCUCGUUUGUAUUUUUGCAUCAAGAUGCGGAAGCCCACUGUGGAUCUGGAGAAGGCGGCAAAUAAGGUGCUCUUCUGAGUGUUGAACCCUCAAUUUAACGUCUCCUGCUCAGGGAGAGAGAUCCUUUAUGGAAAGCAUUCAGCACCAGCCACCAAGAAACUUUUGGGGAGCAACAGUAUGGAUGUGCCUAGAAGUUCAGCUCUCUAUAUUUUGUCCAGAAAUGCAGCUUCCAUCUCCUCCCUUGUGGGCUUAGGGAGAGAGCAUCCCAUUAAACCUCACCUCUCUGUGUGAGAAAUACGAGUGAUCUUUUGCUUAGCUUGCUGAGACUGUGUCCUUCCCUUUUUUGCUUAUAGGAGCAUCAUUUGCCAUCAGAAUGUAGAGAAGCAGAAGUCAGUCGCUCAUAAGAGAGGCACAAAUGUGAUGCCGUCACUCUUGCUGCUAUUUUUUUUUUCCUAUCAAAAAUUGUCUGUCGGCCACCAUCUUUGUUUUACUCUCCAGUGACAAAAGGGAAUUUAUCUGGUUUUCUGGACCUUCUACCAUAUUGCACUGGAACUCCAAGAGAGCAUUCAGGGUGUGUGUGUGAGUGAGUGUGAGAGAGCGAUCAUCCACUGAAAAUCAGGUGGGGAGAUGGCCCAGCACUGCAGCCAGUUCAACCCUAUCCGAAGCACCAGGGGCGUAGCUAGCUACACCCCUGCUAAGCACCUAUUUACAGGGGCACCAAGACUCUUACAGGAUUAGGUCUCUAUGCCUAUCUAAAAGUAAAGUGUGCCGUCAAGUCGAUUCCGAUUCCUGGCACCCACAGAGCCCUGUGGUUGUCUUUGGUAGAAGACUGGAGGGGUUGACCAUUGCCGUCUCCCGUGCAGUAGGAGAUGAUGCCUUUCAGCAUCUUUCCUAUAUCACUGCUGCCUGAUAUAGUACCAGCAGGGAUUAGAACCGGCAACCUUCUGCUUGUUAGUCAAGCGUAAGGUGACUUCUUUGCCUAUCUAGGCUUCAGUAAUGAAGAAGAUAACACCACAAUUGAUCUGCUCUUUACUCUUGUUUAAUGGUGCAUGCCCAGUUUUCCUCUUGAGAACCUAAGAGCCUUGCUGGAUUAGGCCCAAGGUCAAGUCCAGCACCUUCCUUCCCACAGCGGCCCACCAGAUAGGAAGCUGCCGUAGGGAAGCCCACAACCCAGAGAGGAAGGCAUGCCCACCCCACCAGUUGCUCCCCUGCAACUGGGAUUGAGAGGCAUCCUGCCUCUAAACCUGGAGGUAGCCCAUUACCAUCAAGACUAGCACCCAUUGAUGGACUUGUCCUCCAUUGAUGGUUUUGUCCUCCAUGAAUUUGUCUAAGCUGUGCUUAAAGCCAUCCAAGCUGGUGACCAUCACCACUUAGCAGGGCAGAGAAUCCCAUAGAUCAAUUAUGUGAUAUGCGGAAUAAGUACUUCUAUCUGUAGGUCCUAAAUUACCUGGCAAGCAGUUCUAUGGGAUGAUCCCUGGUUCUAGAGCUACGAGAGAGGGAGAAGAUCCCUAUCCAAUAUCUCCAUACCAAGCAUAAAUCUAUAAACCUCGGUCAUGUCUCCCCUUGGUCACUAUUUUCUAAACUGAAACGCCCCAAAUGUUGUAGCCUUAGGGAAGGUGCUUAGACCCCUGAUAAUCUUGGUUACCCUUUUCUGCACCUUUUCCAGUUCCACAACAUCCUUUUUGAGAUAUGGUGACAAGAACCAUCUUGUGCCCCAGUAAAGGAGGUACAACACAUCCCAUGAUCACGGUCCUCCUUUGUCAUUGUCUUUCCCUUCCUGCUCGAUUAUUGAAGUCUGAAUGGCCUGGAUCCUAUAAAAGAGUGGUCACACUAGUGAGGUGUGUGCUUAGGGUAGCACUGGGUUGGCUGCUUGGCCAUCACACUGCCACAAAACAUGAAUUAACUAAGUCUGCAAGCAAGAUCUUUGUCAUAACUUCUGUUGUGGUGGUUAUGAUGAACUUAUACAAUACAUAGUUUCACUUUAUUUGGCCCCACAAUGAAGCUGUCCACAUGAGCAGUCCUACCCUACCUAGGCAGGGCUGCUUGUGUGAAGCAUCAGGAUCAAGGCCGAUCCCGGUGCUGCCUCCCCUGGUAGCCUCAGAAUAUUACCUGACUGCUUACCUGGGUAUACAGUUUACCCUGGUACAAGGUCAUAUGAAUGUUCAGUCUGCAUGUAGCCCAGGCAGACACAGAGUUGGGUGCCUAGAGCACCCAACUCAAGGGGGAAUCUCCAAUGAAUCAUGUAGUGUAUUGUGGGAUAUCUGGAGGUUGUGACAUAUUUUCCUGGUCUCCAGAACACCGCACGGCUUGUGGUAGCACCAAUUGUGUGACUGCAUGGCUAGAAGCAUCGCUGGAUCAUCUGGGGGAAAGGUAGGUGCUCUCCUGCCUUCCCCUCCCCUCCCUCCCCAGCCCAGCAGAAGGUCGUGAGAACGACCUCAAUGUUGUUCAGUUGGGAUUUUCUGAUAAUGGUGCUUAAGGUACUACAAGACAUGAUCUGAAUAUUCUCAAAGUAAGUUUUCCAUAACGAAAAAGAUGGCAAGAUACUAAACUAACUUUCUGAAGCAUAGCAACCUUUGAUGAGAUGUAGAUAUGGUGAAAAACGUUGAAGUUUGGUGUGACUCCAUAUCCAGACUACAAAAGUAACCAUUUAGUCCAGGGGUUCUCAAACUUGGGUCCCCAGACAUUGUUGGACCACAACUCCUAUCAUCCCCAGCCACAAUGGGCCCUUCAGCUUCGGGGAAAGUGUUCACAUAGUCCUCCAACUCAAGGCAGCUGUGGGCAGAUGUAAUUUCAGAGCUACUCUAGAAUAAUGUAUGCAUACUCAAUGUCUGCUCAAAGUCUCACCAGGGUAUCUCAAACUGUGUGUGAAUGAAACUCAAUCAAAAGAAGUUGAGGUGCUUCAAAUACUUUUAGUAUUCACAAAACCUGGCCAAGUCUUGAUUUUUGUUUACUCAUACAUCGUGGUAGUUGGAAUAUGUCUGCAAUACAAGCUUCGAUUCUGUUUUAUAUGACUUUUAACUAUCCUGGUUUCCCCCAAGAAUGCUAGGAAUUGUAGCUCUAUUAAGAGAUUCCUUAGCCCAAGGCAACUCAGUUUCAGCCCUCCUACAGAUGUUGGCCUACAGCUCCCAUAGUCCCUGACUAUUGGCCACUGUGGCUGGGCAUUAUGGGAGUUGUAGUCCAAAAACCGCUGGAGGGCCAAAGUUCAACAGCCCAGCCUUUGCCCCAGGGGAUGGAUGUUGAACCACUUCAGGUCCAUAGGGUGGUUUUUGAGUGUUCACAACUGUGGAGAGAAAAGACAGAGGCCAGUAAUAGUAGGGAUAUUUGUACUAUUCAUAAUACCACUAGGCUUAAACUUUGAGACAAGGUUGAUCAGGGCCAACUCCUUACCUCUACUGUAUUCAGUUUAAGGGUUCAUACCUAGAACACCGUAACUUGUAAUAUUGAGCACUCCCCACACAUCUGUAUUAAAAGGGCAAGGCUUCCGAGACGUGAUCCUGGCACUUCUGAGUUUAGAAAUUUAAGUUCAGCCUGAGUGGUGGGGAUGAAUGGUGUGUAAGGGGGUGGCAAGAUGGAUGCUUAGUACUUGACUUCUGUUAUCUCCGUGUGUUAAAUCUUUCGCUAAAGUUGACCUUAAGUCAGUAACCUCUUCCUUGUGGCGGAAGGCAAAUUUCUCAGUAAAGUAGCACUUUGCAGGGUAGUGCUAGGGUAGUUUUAUUCUUAAGCAAAAGAUAUCGCACUAGAGAAAUAUAGGCUUCCUGUUCAUUAGGACUUAGGAAAUGCACAAAGUGCCUCUUGCGUACAGAGACGAUAGAUCGCUCUAUCCACUGACAGUGACUUUUAUAGUUGUGCUGGGAAGGGCAAGGCAGUCAGAACGGCAGCAGUUGUUGGAAGUCCAUCCAGCUGAUCCUGACUGAGUGAGGAGCAAUCUCUUUUGUUUAGAAGCUAGCAUCUUUCAGAGUGUUCUAGAUCGGUUAGUGCUUUAACUGUUGUAGUUGCAACAACUUUUCCUUUUAUAAUAAAGAUGGAGACACCACUACAGGGACAUGGUUGCCACUGAGCAGGGGAGAUCAAUGUUCCCCGGACUACAGGGGACUCUUUGUCCCCCUCAAGUUGGGGGCCCUUGUGUUUCUGCUGUCGCUGUGUGGCGCCUGUUCGUGUUCUGGCCCCUCACAUCUUUUGUCUUUGCUUCACUGGAGUGCUUGCCAGUUGGGUGUUUCCUUUCUCUUUGGAGUGAGGAAGAGGAAGGACUCUGCCGGCAAAUGCUUGAGUGAAGCAAAGUGGCCAGAGAGCCUGUGACAAGACAAGCAGUGCCUCCAUAUUCUGAGGUGGAGCAUGCUCUGUGACACCAGUGUGUUGGCAUCGGCACAAGGGGCAUGGUUGGCAUCAGGGCUUAGAGGUGCUGCCAGUCCACAUCUCCCAUCCCCUUCCGCUUUGCUCAAACACUUGCUGGCUGGAAGAGGCCCCCGCGGUGGAUGUAUUGGCAUUGGGGGCAUGGCCGGUGCCAAGGGUGUGGUGGGGCCUUGGAGAGGCCCAUUUUCAAAGCUUGUCUCCGGGCUCACUCCAACAUUGUUACACCCCGAGACAAUUAGCUUCCCAACUUCUUGUGAUUAUGGAAGUCAUUUACUUAGGACAUGAUUUUUACUUCUGUAGUUGCCCUUGGAAUUCUAAUCGGAAAUGAAACCAACAGAAAGAGAAGAAUCUCUACUUCUAGGACUUUUUAAAAAAAAUUGAAAGGCAGUGUGAUUGUAUUUCUUGGCUAUUUUAUGCAUUGUUACUUGAAGUUGAUGCACUGAGCUUGUGAUUUUGCACUAUGCUGUACAUUUGUAAAGUUUUUCAGGGUAUGCUAAUUAAACAGGGGUGGUUCUUUUGGUCCUUUGUUCAUUCUA